AUGAGACCCAACAUCGUCGUUUGUGGCUUCGCUGCCCUAGUUGUCUUCCCGUCAAUCUCUGCUUUGCCACUGAUCCAAAAUGAAGGAGUCCUGUGUACAAGGCCACCGUUAAUGCUACCGCAAGAACGAAGCAUGAGGGACACCGUUGACGGCAACUCUAAGAAGGGCAACAAGCGUGGUUAUGUCGCUGAGAUUCCGGCCUCGGAACUCGUCCAGCUCUCAUGGGCAUCAAGAUUGAGCAUAUCGAGAAACACUAUCGUCAAGACUGCGGCCAUAGCAGCCGACCCCAAUCUCGCCAAACGCACCAUGGUCACGCAGCGCAACGCAUCCUGGGGCCUAGCACGAAUCUCCCACCGCAGACGCGGCUACACCGGCUACUACUACAGCGACACCGCCGGCAACGACGUCCGCGUCUACGUAAUCGACACAGGCAUCCGCCUCUCGCACGUCGACUUCGGCGACCGCGCCGUGUGGGGCACGUACGGGGUGUCCAAGAAAGCCGUCGUCGUCGCCGUCAAGGUGCUCGACCACUCCGGCACGGGCACCAUGUUGGGCCAGCCGCGGGGUCUCGAUUGGGCGGUUGCGGACGCGGAGAGGCGCGGCACAGCCGUCAUCAACGUGUCGUUGACUGGAUUCUGCAAGCGGUCGGUCAACGAGGGCGUAAAGGCGGCGACAGACGCCGGGAUGACGGUUGUCAACUGGACGCCGGCGGCGAUAAUGAGCGGGGCGAGCACGGCAAUGCCACAUGUUGCUGGGUUGGCUGCGUACUUCAUCGCGGGGGAUGGACUGUCCGGAAGCGCCGCUGUGACGGAGCGGAUACUGAGUGCAGCUACCCAGGGGGUUGGGGAUAGGAAAGAGUCCGCCGACCAGACCGCCCCACCCCAAUCGUCCCCGGAACCAGAAGAAUGCUUCCAAAUCGCCUCCAAAAUCUCCCAGUCCUCAUUAUCCCUCCUCUUCCUCUCCAUCUCGGCCACCAACGUAACAAACACCUCCUCAAACUGCAACGCCGUCAACCCAGCCCUCCAAAUCUCCAACCUCCCCUCCAACCGCUUCGUCGCGUCCUUGACGCCGCCCUUCUCGCCCCCAAGAUCGCUGGCCACAAACCGCGCUACAUACCCCCCACCCCUUCCUCCUUCCUCGCUCAGAAGAACCAUCGCCCCGUCCUCGAUAGCCCACUUCAUCAUUUUCGCACCAUCCCCAACAGUCGGAAGCGUCAGCCCCGUGUGCGAGCGGAAUUUCUUGCGGAAGUGAUAGUCAAACCUGCCGCCGCCCGGCGCGACGAGGAAGGCGUCCACCUUGUCGGUCGUGAGGGAGUGGAAGUGGGCGCCGCCGACUUCGGGCCCGUCCGGGGAGCUGCCGCGGCGGAUGGUAAGUUUGGGUGUGGUUGACCACCCGGAUGGGUAGACGACCGUGAAUAGCGGCUGGGUGCGGUCUGGGGAGAGGACCGUCAUUUGGCGCUUUGCGGUGGGG